CCAAGGCUUCACUCCCCCUUCUUCCUGCUCACAUCUGUUGCUGAGGAGAUGGGAGUCUGAUUCCAGACUCUUUUAUACCUUCACAGCAUUACGGGCUGCGUCCGUGCUUGCCGCUGAUUGAAGUUGAAAGACGAAACCUGGAGUGCACUCAUGUUUACAUUUUCCUAAAGUCAUAUAUAGGACGAAGCUUUCUUUUAAAUUCCGAGGAAUGUCCCGGUGCUGGUGCAGGCAGGUCCUGCUUGGCGUGGAAGUGGGGAUUGUUGUGGUGGUGUUGGUGGUCGGCACUGCAGGACAGAGCUACGAUGGGAGAGAAGCCGGGUCGUCCUGCUACGGAGGAUUUGACCUGUACUUUGUUUUAGACAAAUCUGGCAGUGUGCAACAUUACUGGAAUGAAAUUUAUUACUUUGUGGACCACCUGGCUUACAAGUUUAUCAGUCCUCAGCUACGGAUGUCUUUUAUCGUAUUUUCAACAGAAGGGCGAAUUCUCAUGGCACUAACCGAAGACAGAGAGCAAAUACGAGCGGGACUGGAGAAGCUCAGCAUGGUCCAGCCAGGUGGAGACACCUACAUGCACCUUGGUUUGUCAAAGGCCAGUGAGCAAAUUUACUACGGCACAGGGGAUGGCUACCGGACAGCCAGCGUCAUAAUUGCUUUGACUGAUGGCGAAUUAAGGGAAAAUCAAUUUGAUCUGGCUCAAAGAGAGGCCAGCAGAGCGCGGCAGUUGGGUGCCACCGUUUACUGUGUGGGAGUGAAAGACUUCAAUGAAACCCAGCUGUCAACCAUUGCGGACAGUAAGGACCACGUCUUCCCUGUGACCGACGGUUUUCACACGCUGCAUGUGGUCAUUGACUCGAUUCUAAAGAGGUCGUGCAUCGAGAUUCUGGCUGUUGAGCCUUCUAGCAUCUGUGCAGGAGAAUCUUUCCAGGUGGUAAUUAAAGGAAAUGGCUUCUUUCACGCCCGCGACGUUCAGAAAGUCCUCUGCAGCUUCCGCAUCAACGACACAGUGACUUUUAUGAAAAGACCUUUGGUGGUGAGAGACACCUACCUGUUGUGCCCAGCUCCUGUUUUGGAAAAAGAAGGAAUGGCCGCCACGCUCCACGUCAGCAUGAACAACGGCCUGAGUUUCAUAUCCAGCUUCGUCACAAUUACCGCCGUCACUUGUUUUGACGGCACCUUUGUGGCCAUCGCUCUCCUCAUCCUGCUGAUCCUGCUCAUCCUUCUUCUGCUGUGGUGGUUCUGGCCUCUCUGCUGCACUGUGGUCAUUCAUGAGCCACCUCCACCACCAACAGAAGAGGACUUCUCUGACGACGAGGACAAUUUUCACAAGAAGCGAUGGCCCACCGUGGACGCCUCGUACUACGGAGGCAGAGGAGUUGGAGGCAUCAAAAGGAUGGAGGUCCGUUGGGGUGAUAAGGGCUCCACCGAGGAGGGAGGAAAGCUGGAAAAAGCCAAGAACGCUCGGGUUGUGAUGCCCGAAGAGGAACCAGAGCCUCCUCCGUCGCAGCCGCGUUACCAUGUGAAAAAACAUGUCCAUCCUCAGAAGUGGUACUCCCCCAUCAAGGGCAAACUGGAUGCUCUGUGGGUUUUCCUGAGACGAGGCUAUGACAGAGUGUCUGUCAUGCGACCUCAUCCUGGAGACAAGGGCAAGUGCAUCAACUUCACACGGAGCAAGUCCUGCCAGGCUCCUCGCUACCCCAUCUGCAAGCAUCCCUCCACGCACAUCUACACGCUGCCCUACAGCCCCCAGCGUCGGCCCUCGGCCGACGUCUCGGACUUGCCCCCCUCGCCCACCGCCACGCUGCCCCCGCUUCCCCACUCGCCUCCGCCGCCCUUCUACACGCCCCCACCCUGCAGAACUCUGCCCUCCGCCUCUGCGUCACCUUCGCCCACCGUCUCCCUUCCGCCGCCGCCCUGUAGGGCCCCGCCUCCGUCCCGCCCGCCGCCACGCCCCAGCCACGAGGACUACUGACGCAUCCCGAGUCCGAUGGAAACCUGAGUGUGCUUCCAUCAUCGAAUGGGAAAACGUUUGUACAUUUUUAAAUAUUACAGGGGCUGAUGUGCAAUGAAUUGUUUUUCCAUGAUAUUAGACCAUACCUUGUACAUUGCGAUGUACUUAUUUUUGAUGCUUGUUCAGAGCCUUUUUCUGUUAUCGCUUUGAACAGUGAAAGAUUAUCUUGCAUAGCAUCUAAUGUCUGCCUAAUUAAAAGCAUGUAGAACGGAACAUGUAAGGCCAACACAAUCUCCUCCGGGAUUCUGAUUGACUUCAGAUUUGUUUCAAAAUCACAGAACUGUUUGUUUCAAAACAGUUUUCCCUUAGGAAAUAAUGGAAAUUGAAAUAAAUAAAAUUCAACAUACAGCUCUCGAAGAAAAUAAAGAGACCACUGCAACAUU